AUGCAGUCGUCUCGAUUUCAUGCCUUGACCGCUCGCUUGUCUCCUCAGAAGUUGCGUAUCUCGCUCCGCCGCACGUCUACAUCUUCUACCACCAGUAGCAGCAGAGAUUCUUGCUCGUCGACAGACAGCUCCCCAUUGAGCACAAUCAACAGCGUCAUCUUUCGCCAACCAUCCAUUGUGAAUAUGGAGGAAGAGCGUAAAAGCUUCGGAAGCGAGCUUUCCCUCCUUGAGCCCCGACCAAUUGUCUACUGGGGUGGAUUGGAGGAAAGACUGGGCUCGCUCUAA